CGGCAGGUCACUCUUCCAAGCCCAACUCACCGCCAAACUCGAGUAGUCUUACAAAUUCCGAAGUUUUUCAAAUCAUUUGGGGAUUGGCUAUAUUGUUACUGACCCGUUCAUCUACAAAGUAAUUUCACUGCAUUGAAAAUGGUUGACUUAAGUGAAAAGGAUCUUAACGAUGUCCACGAAAUGUUCCUACUAUUUGACACGAAAGGAGAUGAGAAAAUCGAGGCGAAAGAUAUCGGUGAAGUUGUGCGUGCAAUGGGUCUAAAUCCAACAGAGUCGGACAUUGGUAAAUAUGGCUAUCAAAACAAUCCAAAUGAACGUAUCAGUUUCGAAUCAUUUGUUCCAAUUUAUCAUGGUUUGUUAAAAGAACAAGUGGAAGUAGAUCAAGAAACAUUUAUUGAAUCAUUUCGUGUAUUUGAUAAAGAGGAUAAUGGAUUAAUUAGUGCAGCUGAAUUAAGACAUUUACUAACAGCAUUAGGUGAAAAACUACGUGAUGAUGAAGUGGAUGUAUUAUUAUCUGGUUUAGAAAAUAGUCAAGGUCUUGUACCAUAUGAAGUCUCGUGUUUUUCUGGUACACAAUUGUUUGCAUUUAUUUUCAAUCUAAAAGUGCCUAGAUUAGAAAUCCUAUUAUUGAGUGAACUCAAGUUGUUGGUGCUGACUAUGAGUCGGGACAGUUGUCUGUUGUUAUAUAUCACUGCUUUAUUUGCCAACGAUUAUUCAGCUUUUGUACAACGUGUCAUGAGUUAAAAACAAAAUUUAUUCUGUACCCAAAAAUCAUCAACGUACCCUAUUAAACAUGUUGAUUUUUGAUAAGUAAUGAAAUAAAUUAUCAGCUUUUUUCAUUAUUUUAAAACGUUAAGCAAGUUCUAUAAAAGAGCUUAGUGAUGUGUUACAUAUACAUAAAUAUAUAUACUCUGUUUUGAAACGCAACCAGGGCUUUUUAUUUGAAGUGAAAAAGAGGGACAAAUAUUUAUCUGACCCGCACUAGUUUUUGAUGUAUGUUUCACAUCUUCACUCUCCAAUACAGUAAAACAAUGUGAAGCCCCCAAUUUAAUAUGCAUACUUUGCAAACGAAGGAUGUUUUCUCGAACCAUUGGGAAAUUUCCGGAAGUCAAUUACAAACGUUCCUGGAUUUCUAGUAAGGAUUCGUGAUCACUGAAAUUCAACCAUGUCGGAUGUGAGACAG